CGACAGUCUGCAACCCAACUGCUCCUAUGCUCUCCGCGCUCGGCGUGCUCGCGAGUCCGCCUUCGAUCCACGCCUCGUACAGCACCGUGGUCAACGUCCACGUCAGCGAUCUCAUGCCCGUCUUCCUGAGCGACGAGCUCAACUUCGAGUGGGAUUCGCGCCUCAGCUCGCAGGAGAUGGUCUACUCGCACACGCACGGCACGCUCUCCUAUCAGCAGAGGGCCAUGCCCUUCCCGCUUGCGCCCCGUGACACCCUCCUCAAGUGCGGCGUGCGCGUCUUGCGGCGUCAGUCGCGCCUGACCUCCGAGUGCCGCUCGGUGAGGGACGAUGUCGCGGUGCCGCCCCGGCCUGGCGCGGUGCGACUGCACUUGGAGCACACCACCUGGCGGAUCGAGGCGCUCCCUGCGGUGAAGGGCGUGCCGCGCACUGCCCUCUCCCUCGACAUCACCGUCCCGCCCGACGCGGCGCACGGCGUGCCCGCUGCGGUGGUGAGGCACGUGCAGAAGAAGUCGCUGCGCGACUCGGUCGACUCGCUGCUCGCGGCGUCGAAGCGGCUGCACCUUCCGCCGCAUCGCGACUUCCUCUCCUGGCAGCGCACCCGCGAGGAGGCGCGCGCAGCAGAGCGGCGCAGCGGCCAGCAGGGCGGCGGAGAGUGGACCGAGUGGGGAGGCCUGCCCUCUGGCUCUCUCGCCGCGACCAGCCUUCUCGUGGUGGCGCACUGCACGGCGUUCGCGGUCCUCGCGAUCGUCCACCCGCGGGGCUCGUGGCGCCGCAGUGUGCGUUUGGUAGCGAGUUUUGUGAUGUGAGCCUCGAGCGUGCGCUCCCUCGUGUCUCGAGAGCGGCGACCCUGGCGGCGCCGGCGGUGUGGCGGGGGCUCGACAGUGUCAGUGACGAUGGCGGUGUCGCGAGGCCUGCACUCGCCCAGCUAGCCCGUGAGUCUGUGGCGUCUGCAAGAGGUGC